AUGACGCUCUCCCCUGAUACAACAUUGGGUCUAUUAGGCACAGGCAAGAUCGGUUCUGCUGUCUUUACUGGUUUCUGUAGCCCAAAUGGCUGGCGUCCUAAACAUGUCUAUAUCUCAUCACGUACAAAAUCAAAAGCCGAGAAACUUGCAGCAACAUUUCCAGCUCGUGUGAGUCUCAUGACAACGAAUCAAGAAAUUAUCGACAAGAGUGAUGUGAUUUUUAUUGGUUUAUUACCGACUGUUGCUCGUAAGGAGCUACGAGAGCUUUCAUUUGAUAGUACUAAAAAAGUCAUUUCCAUGAUGGCUACAAUCCCAUACAAUGAACUCUUGGAACUUGUUCAAUUACCAAUGGAAAAUGUCGUUCGUUCCGUGCCAUUACCAGUUGCUGCAAAACGUACUGGUCCUGUUUUAGCUUAUCCGGAUCAUCUCUAUGCACGUGAUUUAUUGACACAAAUUGGUACACCGAUUAUGGUUACAGACGAGACAGAGAUGACGAAACUUACAGGCAUAACAGCAUUGAUUUCAUUCUUUUAUGCGACGUGUGACACGACACAGCAAUGGUGUGUCAAUAAUGGUGUUGGUGACCAAGCUUCACGUGAUUACAUUGCGUCUUUUUUCCGUGCACUAGCAACGGCUGGAGCUGAAGCUAGUGACCCGUUUGGUGAAAUGGCCGAGGAAGCAGCUACUCCAGGUGGUUUGAAUGAACAAGUGCAUUGUGCAUUGCAAAACAAUGGAGGCUACGAACUGGUGGCCGAUCAACUGGAUGCUAUCUUUAAACGCCUCAUCGAUGGUGGGUUGGGUGUAUGGCUAUCAGAAAGGAACGAUCGGCAUGAUAAAUCGGUAACAGAUGAUAAAGGGUCGAGCGCCAAAUUUCCUGCAGCAUUCGACGCGUUUUUCCAAGCUCGCGCAAUCUGUUCGACAACUUUUGCCUUCUCAGCUGCCUUUUCAUCUUGUCUCCUGAAUGUAUUCUUCUACAUACCGCUUGACCUCUUCUAG